AGGUUCAUCAUCCAGUCCUAGAGGCAUUAUGGAUUGUUCAUGCUCAUGCAGAAAAAAUUAUACAUCAACAGCACCUUGUCAUUACAGUAAAUCAUGUGGAUUUAAAAAUGGAAGAAAUAAACUGCAUUACCUAGAAUAUGGUUUGGACUGUAAUGUGACGGACCUUCUUUCAUCAAAUUCUUCACUGUUUACUGAACAAGCAAGAUUUUGGUACUUUGAAUGGCUGCAACUUCUGGACAUAUGGUUUCUGCUUCAUGCAUGGCAUUGCCUUCAGCGUGUAUUUACAUCAAAAUUUACAUUCUUUAUAAUAGCAAUUGCAGCCACUUUGGCAACUACAGGAUUCAUAAUGCAGGAUAGCGAAUUACUUCAAAUCGCUCACACUACACAGUCUAAGGAUUUCCCCCAUGAUCUGUUAGUACCUGACAAUACCUAUAAGAAAUGCAGUACUGAAGAUGGACCUCAGUAUAUUUCCUCAAGACUGCAAACAUUCUAUACGGAACAUAAAACUGAAAUCCAGAAACUUCAAAGAGAAUAUCUAACAAACAUCAACAACCUUCAUACAGAGAUAGAAACUUGGAAGCAAACCUCAGAAGUGAUGAGAAAGUAUGCAGAUGAAAUUAAGUCAUCUUUGAGGUCUCUAAAGGCUGAAGUGUCCCGAAUGAAAAUCACUCAGUCUCUUAAGAAUGAUGCAUCAAUACAGAAAAAGAUUGAGGAUGAAAUUGCCAAAUAUGACGCUGAUAAGUUAGGUAUGCCAGACUAUGCACUGGAAUCCUCAGGUGGAAGUAUUAUAGCAACUCCAGAUACCAAGAACUAUGAACAGAAGAUCUGGGUAACUGUCUGGGGGAUCAGUUUAUUUCAAAUUGAAACUAACCAUCCACGGAAUAUUAUCCAGGCAUCAAUACAGCCAGGCAAAUGUUGGGCAUUCCGGGGUUCAAGAGGAAAUGUUGUAAUUAAGUUGGCUGCAGUCAUUCACAUUACUGCAGUAACAAUGGAACACAUCCCUUCAAGAAUAUCAACAACAGGGAAUAUUAAUUCAGCGCCAAAAGCAUUUGCUGUUUUUGGUCUGAAACAUGACAGCACUGAUAAAUUUCAUCUGGGAAACUUUACCUAUGACAAAAAUGGAUCUCCCAGGCAGACAUUUGAAUUAAUUCAAAAGGUUCCAAGAUCCCAUGUCUUCCAAACACUGGAGCUGUCAGUUCUCUCUAACCAUGGAAAUCGAGAUUAUACCUCUAUCUACAGAUUCAGGGUCCAUGGACAACUCUUCACAGAACCACAAUCUUAUUUUUAAAUAAGUAACUGGACUGGUCAGUAAUCAAUUUAAUUUAGAAAUCAUCGCUUUAAUGUAGGCUCACUUUUAUGAACACAGUAAUAAACCUUCAGGUUUCAUUAAAAGCAGGGAAUGUCUUGAAAAGAUGAGCAACUUUUAGCUUCUCAAGGACUCUGUUCUGUGGAGGCAAGUCACUUUCGCACAUCUGUUGAUUCCUAAAAUCACUACAGGAUAUUUAUUUGGUAACUGAAUUUGUUAUUGAGACAUUUUGAAGAAAACGCAAGCUCAAAAGAAAUUCAAAAUAGCGCAGUAAUGAAUGUCCUAGUAAAUAUAAAUCAAAUUAGGGCAGUGGAGAAAAUUUACAUUGAAGUGAUGGGUCUGAUUAUGCUGUUUUGGUGUUGAAGGAUUAGCCUUAUCUUGCCCCUGUGACUAUUCAUAUGUGGUUCAAAUGAAGUUAGAAAGGUGACUGUUGGUUAAAUAAUAGUUUUAAUUAAUUAAUUAAUUAAGAGAUGUAUAAUUUAAAACCUAAGCUAUAAAAGUUGUUUCUAUAUGCCUUCCAAAUGCUUAAUUUUAGAGGAAGACCAAUGGGAACUUUUGUGUUAAUGGUAAUACAAGACCACAAAAAAGUUUAGAAUUUAAAAUAUCAAUCAAUAUUUAUACCAUAUGCAAAAAACUGAUAUGUAAGACAGUUGAGACUACAUUUUAAAGUCUGUGCCUUGCAAAUAUGACAGCAUCCUUUACAAAUUAAUCAAUAAAAAUAUGAUUAUUAUAUCAUGAUUAUUAUAUUAUCCUGACAAAGGCCAGUGGUUACUUAAAGAGAAUGGUGAUGUUUGUGUCCGAGUUACGAAAAGAAUGAUGAGAUCCCUUCUGCUGUUUCUCACCACAGAUAUUCACCUUGGUUGGAAUAAAUCAUCACUAGAACCAUACUACUACCUCUACUACUACCACUACUAUUACUGCUACUACUACUACUACUACUAGCAUACUUUUCCAGUAUUAACACAAUAUAUUUUCCGCUGCUCACACCAUUCAUA